AUGAUUGCCUUACAAAACCCAGCUUUGCUGCCCUCCGCCAAAGUGGAUAUCUCACUGCUUCUAAAACCUCAAGAUGAGGAGGAGAGAAGUCCCCCGGGAACCACUACGUCCGCACUUCCGUCGAGAGUAGUGCCUUCGGGCCCGGCACUUCCUCCCAUGUCGAUUGCAUCAUCUCCAGUGUCUGGUCCAUCAGCGCCUCCUCCAUCAAUCACCAAGAUCCCUGCCUCCGUCCCGGCCAAGCGUUUACAGCCCGCCCAUACGGCCGAAUCGCCGGCUAAGAAGCAAUCCAAAUGGUCUCCCGAAGAAGAUGCGUUGAUCAUCGAGCUGCGUGGGAGUGGGAUGAAGUGGGAGGAUAUCAGCAGGCGGCUUCCCGGCCGGAGCGCCAUUAGUUGCCGUCUACAUUACCAGAAUUAUCUUGAACGCAGAAGCGAGUGGGAUGAGGAUAAGAAGAACAAGCUCGCCAGGUUAUACGAGAGAUUCAAGGCUGAAAUGUGGUCAAAGGUGGCAGAGGAAAUGGCCAUUCCAUGGCGCGCCGCAGAAGCAAUGCACUGGCAAUUAGGGGAGCAAGAGAUGGCCCGUCGGGCGGGCGUUGUUCCUUUCUCCCUUUCCAGCACAGCCAUCGACCCGCCCUCAACUAGGUCACGCCGAACCAGUAGUGCCUCUCUGUCCAGGUCACGAAAAGGAUCAAUGACACGUCAAGUCCCACCACCGCAGCUCCCUUCGGUCGAAGAGCUUACUGCCGGUGUCCCAGCCUACGCACCGGCUCCACCAUUUCCUCCUACAAGGGAACUGAGUUACCGUAUGGGCCCAAUGGAAAUGAGUGGCAGUCAUGGUGGCCAUUUAGGGCACAGCAUCGGCUUUCCACCUCGAACCCUUCCAUAG